UGGCCAGUGCCUGGGACAAGGUGGAGCUUGCAGAGUAGCGUAGCUGGGCGGGGCCUUAGUGGGUAUGCCGCCUUGGCAGGGGCGUGGCGUGGCGUGGCGGGGCAGGGUCGGGCUGGGCUGGGCUGGCUAGGGCGUUUCCGUUGCACGGAGCCGCUGAGAUUACUGCCCUGUCUCUCGGCGUGCGCAUCGUUCCCGUUCUCGCCCGUAGCCUGCGCUCUACGGUCUCGCAGCCCCGGCUCGCUCCUGACCAACAGCAUCAUGGCCCAGGUUCUCAGAGGCACCGUGACUGCCUUCCCUGGAUUUGAUAGCAGGGCUGAUGCAGAAACUCUUCGGAAGGCCAUGAAAGGCUUGGGCACUGAUGAGGAGAGCAUCCUGACUCUGCUCACAUCUCGAAGCAAUGCUCAGCGCCAGGAAAUUUCUGAGGAGUAUAAGACACUGUUUGGCAAGGACCUUCUGGAUGACCUGAAAUCAGAACUGACUGGAAAGUUUGAGAAGUUAAUCGUGGCUCUGAUGAAGCCUUCGCGGCUCUAUGACGCCUACGAGCUCAAGCAUGCUCUGAAGGGAGCUGGGACCGAUGAAAAAGUACUGACAGAAAUUAUUGCUUCAAGGACACCGGAAGAACUAAGGGCCAUAAAACACGUUUAUGAAGAAGAAUACGGUUCCAGCCUGGAAGAUGACGUGGUGGGGGAUACCUCAGGGUACUACCAGAGGAUGUUGGUGGUCCUCCUUCAGGCUAAUAGAGACCCUGAUACUGCAAUUGAUGAUGCUCAGGUUGAACUGGAUGCUCAGGCCUUGUUCCAGGCUGGAGAGCUGAAGUGGGGGACAGAUGAAGAAAAGUUUAUCACCAUCUUUGGGACACGCAGCGUGUCUCAUCUGAGAAGAGUGUUUGACAAGUACAUGACAAUAUCGGGAUUUCAGAUUGAGGAGACCAUAGACCGAGAGACUUCAGGGAACUUGGAGCAGUUGCUCCUGGCUGUGGUGAAGUCUAUUCGGAGCAUACCUGCCUACCUUGCAGAGACCCUUUACUAUGCUAUGAAGGGUGCUGGGACCGACGAUCACACCCUCAUCAGAGUCGUGGUGUCGAGGAGCGAGAUUGAUCUGUUUAACAUCAGGAAGGAGUUUAGGAAGAACUUCGCUACCUCUCUGUAUUCUAUGAUCAAGGGUGACACAUCUGGAGACUAUAAGAAAACCCUGCUGCUGCUCUGUGGAGGAGAAGAUGACUGAGGGAUUGGCUGUCUGGAGUACUCUGCCUGCCGCCUCCAGCAGCUUCCUUCAGCAAAUGCAGCCAUGCUUAUAUUUCUCAUGCCUGACUGGAUGCCUUACUCACACUAGUAUGCUAAUGACCAAAUGUGUUGCCUUACUGCACUAGUAUGUUAACAACUAAAUGUGUCAUAGAUGACAUUAGUGGCACAUCCUUCUGAUCUUCCUGUUGACAUUAGUGCUUACCUUCACUUGUCUCUAAGUCUAAUGUCUGAAUUAUCAAUACUGUCUAUAAAGAGGUCAGAUUGCUUUUUAUAACAUUUUUUUUAAAGCUUCAUUUAUAUUAAGUUAAUAACCAUAUUACCUUGAUUGGAACCUUAGCCAUGAAAUUGUGAACUCCUGGAAAUACUGUCAAUCAAGCUUACUGCUCUAUCAGACCUGUAAAGUUAUGAUAGUUGUAUCAAAAAGAUGAAUGACAAAUAAACAUUCCCUUCCCUUGAA